UUGGUGGUCACAAUAUCUUUGCAGGUCUAUGUGGAGUUCAUUGAUCACACAGCGUGCUCUCCUGACUGCAAGAUAUCAUUGCGAAUGGCUGAGGACCAAAUGGGGUAUAACAUCACACUGAGAGCCAGCAGGAAUGACACCAUGCUUGAGGCAAAGACCUUUCACUUCACACCAGUGUCCCGGUCGUCCAUUAAUUUAUACACCACAACCACUACUGCCCUCCUGACUUGGGAACUACACAGACAGCAGAAUCUAUCCACCUUAAGUUUAUACAACAUGCCCACACACUCCAUCGCACACAUCUUCAACAUAAAUUCCUCAGAGAUAAAGUCCCAGUACACAGUGAAAGGCCUCAAGCCUGGCACGCACUUCAAGGCUGAAAUUGUGGUGGCUGCAUUCCUGAAACGGCUUAAUAUGAACUUGAAGCAGAGACUCAGCAUAUUUAUUGAAACAGCUCAGUGUCCAUCUGGCUGGUUGGCCAAUGAGAGAAGCUGCUUCAGUGUGAGAAAAACCGGGUUGACGUGGAGUGGUGCUCAACAAAGCUGCACUAAUCUGGCAGCUGGAAGUCACCUGGCUGACCUGAAGAGCUCAGAAGAUCUGGUUUUUAUUACUUCUCACCUCUUGACCCUUAACAACCUGCUGCUGCUGUGGACUGGACUUAAUGACCAGCAGGAGGAGGGCCAGCUUCUCUGGUCUGACGGUUCCUCAUACAAUCAAACAGACGCCGUGACCGCCCUGCUGCCAGCCGCUCAGACCGACUGUUUUGCUUUUCAGAGGAACGCCACAGGACCGGGAUAUUUUCUCACGUCAUUCUUCUGCAACAUCCCCUUACCUUUCAUCUGCCAGUUCCAAACCCCGUCGGCAUCAGCCUCAUUUGACCUGGUUCAGGUGACAGAGCAGCAGGUAGAGCUACGCUGGAGUGACCUCUCACAUUUUAACUCCCUUAAUCUGUCGUCCUUUGAGAUAUUCCUCCAGUAUCAAGAGAAGGACAGCGGAGAGUUGAGUCAAGGACAGAGAAAGCCAGAGGACAAAAAGGGGGUAAAAAGACUUGUCAGAGUGCCUAUCUCCCUCUCGUCUCGAGGAGUGACUGUGGCAGGUUUGUCUCCGGGCAGCGUCUACUCUUUCACCCUUCAAGCCUCUCACCCUGCUGGCUCCACCUGGAGCGUGGGACAAACACAAACCGCGUACACAAGACCUCUCCCGCCUCAAAAUGUCACUGUCGGGCCCAUUACUGCCAGUCAGAUUAGUGUCCGCUGGGUGCUGCCAGAUGCACUGUAUGUGUCAGGAUGGACAUUUGUUUUGCGAUAUGAGGACAUGUCUUCAAGGCAAGAGAGGGUAUUUGGAGUGCCCGACAUCUCCAGGGCGUCAGAGGCUGGUGGAUUUCAGUCAUACAGUGCUGUCAUUGAAGGGCUGGAGUCUUACAGGAAAUACAAGAUUGAGGUUUAUACCAUCGCCCGGCAUGGCAUAGGGAGCUGUGGAUCCGGGCCUCUGAUCGUACAGACUGCGGUGAAGGCUCCUAGUGGUCUGGUGGUGCUGAGCCCAAGCGGUAACCUGACAGUCUGCUGGACCAGUCUUCCUGACGAUCCUCCAGACGGUUAUUAUCUGACAUCACAACUGCUUAGUGAUGAUUCCAUUGUUUAUUCACUGGGGAUAAACCGGUCCAGCUUUGAGGCGCUCAGGGUGAAUGACUCCAUGUGUGCUUUCUUGGGAACAUCUACUCCUGGUCAAACGUAUCGAGUGGGUGUUGUCACCUUGAGAGGAAAUGACAGGAGCGAGAGAUCUAGUGUCGUACACACCACAGUUCCAUUUCCAGUGCAGGUAGCGGUACAUCUUUCAGUGGGCACAAAUUAUACACAGUUGUACGUGCAACGCCCGCGCUUGGGUCUGAUUGAUGGGGUGAAAGUUUGUGCUUGUCCUGGAGUUUGUGACACCACGUGUGAGGGAUUGUGCGAAUAUCCGUGCGAGCUGCACUCCCUCCCUGCUGAUGUUCAUCGCGUAACCUUCAGCAAACUCAAUCCAGGAUCACAGUACCAGCUCAGCGUGUACAGCACCAGCCGGGAGCAGACCGGGCCACCGUACUACACCCACCCCUUCAGAACAGGCCUGGCUCCUCCUCGCAGAGUGAGGGAAGGUGUGGUGACGGAGUCCUCCAUAGAGGUGGUCUGGGAUCCAGCGCAAGGACGGGCUCUCAGCUACGAGGUCACCUGCCUCAACUGUGACCACUCAUUCAAGGUUCAGAAGGCGUUGAAUCUGAGUGCAGUCUUUUCUAGUCUGACUCCAGGCCUCCUCUACCACUUUGCAGUGCGGACAGAGAAGGAGUCCUUCACUGACAGUUCCCCUGUCACUAUCAAUAUCACUGCAGCUCCCAGCCCAGUGGAGGUCUCUCUCUUCAAUAAAACCACUUCAUCCAUAUGCAUUUGUUGGAGCGUGGCCAGGGGACGGUCGAGCACACUCAUCCUGUCAAUCAAAAACAGCACAUCCAUUCAAGAGCUAGUCAUUUCUCGUCAGGAGCUCAGAUCACAAAGCUUCGAAGGCCUCGCUCCCGGGAGCCGAUACACAGUUGCAGUGAUUACCACCAGCGGGAAAAGAAGAAGUAAACCUGCUGAAAUGAUCCUCCAUACUAUCCCAGAGGUGCCACAGGAAGUGUCUCUUUCAGGGCAGGCAGUGACAUCCGUGUUCGUCACCUGGAGACCACCGCCGGGACAGGUGAAGGAGUACAGGCUUCUUUACGGCCUGCUGUCUGUGGACAGAAUCUCUGGAUGGAUUGAGGUGCUUGUGCAGGGCACAAGUUAUGAGAUCAAGGAUUUGAUUCCAGGGUCAGACUACGGAGUGAGCAUUCAGAGUGUGCUGGGCUCAGACACCAGUCAGGCUGCCUCUAGAGAGUUCAGCACACGCCCAGCAGGAUUGUGCGCCCUUCGUUUAGAUCAUGUGAAGUCUUCCUAUGUCUCCGUGAGCUGGGAGCGAGCACGUGGGGAGUUUGACUUUCACAGAGUCACCGUGACCAACGGCUCUUUCACAAAAACCCUCACCGUACCCAAGGAGCAGCAGGUCGCCGUGGUCACCGGGCUGCUGGAUGGUUGCAGCUACAACGUGAGCGCGGAGAGAGUGAGAGGAGGGACGGCAGGAAACGCCGCCUUUCUGACUGUAACCACAGUGCCAACCCGUGUGCAAAGAGUACGGCUGGUGAAUGUGUCCGCACGUGCAUUCUCCCUGCGCUGGGAGCAGGCCGCGGGUUGUGUGGAUUACUACCAAGUAAACCUGCGACCGAGGCAGGGAAAAGUCACAAUUCACCCCGCACGUGAUGGAUACAUCCAGGCCGACGUGGUGAAUGUCAAUCCAGGGACACAGUACAGUGUUACAGUCGCAGCAGCCUCCUCUUCCAACAUCAGCCCCGGAGUCAGCCGCACGAUCAAUACUGCACAGAGCGUUCCCAGUACUCCUGUCGGCCUGGAGGGAGAAGCCGUCGGCUCUAACGGUAUUCUGCUCUCCUGGAUGAUGCCACAAGAUUCCAACAACAUCGAUGGAUACAUCAUCAGGUACAAGGAGGUGUGUCCCUACCCUGACCCCGGUUUCAUGCAGGUGACCAAGUACCUGGAUGUACCGGAGACUCUGCUCACUGACUUUACAUCUGGAUCUACAUACCACAUUCAGGUAGCGGCUAUGACCCCAACUACCACAGGAGCGUUCAGCAAAUCGUUAUAUAUAAAGACAGCAGAGUCCCCCCCUGGCCUGGUGACCAAUCUGACGGCAUAUGCUCAGAACCACACCUUUGUCAUGGUUACUUGGUUCCUGCCACACCGCAUCAACGGCCUCAUCACAAAGUUUGCUGUCAAGGCGAAACAUGCUCGCACAGGGCAGACUGUCCGCAUGCUGGAGGUCAAUGCGGAGGAAAUCAUGACUGGAGCGCUGCCUCACUGCAAUGAUGCAGCUGACAUCCUCUCUCGAGCGACGCUCAGUCCUUUGGAUAUAACGGCGUCAUCUCCGCCCAUCACCCUCUCUGCUGUGCCCCCCGCAGCCUCUUGGAGCGUGCCCAUAUCAGUGGGAGUGGAUCAGCUACGACCUUACACUGCCUAUCUUUUCGAGGUGUCCGCCUUCACGUCUGAUGGAGAGGGACAGAUAGCCUCCACUAUGGUCCGCAUGCCAGAGUCAGCUCCAGAAGACCCACCACAAAACUUUGUCGUGGUGAACAUGACGUCUAGAUCAAUCUCUGUGUCCUGGAACACUCCCAGCAUCGUCACAGGAAAAUUCACCUAUGUACUAUACAUUUAUGGACCGACAGGUUUUUUGUACGACAACAGCACAGCAGACAUGCGAUUUUCUUUUACUGGUUUGACACCUUACACAAGAUAUACAGUGGGCGUCCAAGCAAGGGCAGCAGGAGAGUUGGGUCCAGCAGCAGAGGAGGAAGUAAUUACACCUGCUGAAGCACCCAGCGCCGUGCAGAAUCUAAUAGCGGUAGCUGAGGAUUCGGUUUCGGUUCGCGUGAGUUGGAAAAGUCCGGCGCAGCCCAACGGUCCCAUAACCCAGUACAGACUGCAGGUCCUGGUUGAUGACGCUCUGCUACAGGACAUCACCCUCAUUGCAGAGAAUUCAACAGAUUUAUACGAGAAUACAACACCUCCUCCGGGACGACGUAAGAGAGCCGCUGAGCUCAGACUGAUCACAUCUCCGCCUACUUUCACGGCCAGCGUUUCUGAUCGCACCGUGCCCACUGGCGCGACUGCUUCCGGCCUCACGCGCUCUCUCCCUAGAAGCGUUGAUCGCAUCACUAGCGACGAUGCUCAGCAGACCACAGGCAACCCAAGCUCUAGCGAUACACGCUCAAGCAGCUCAAGCUUCGACUCCUCUGACUCUUCACUCUCUGGGACCCCUGUCUUUUCUCUAACUUCUGAGCCGCCUGUUACGCUUCCGCCCUGGCUGACAAAUCAAUCAAAUGCUGGGGAUAUGACCUCAGACUCUCCCCCCUUGGAGCUGACCCCAGGCCAGCUUCGCUUGUCCACACGUGACGCCUCAAUUACAGGACACCUUUCAACACGCAGUGCAGCAGUGUCAGGCGGCGUCACAGGUGUAACAGUGAGACAGGAGGUGAUGGCGGUUUUGUCAGAGGAGUUGUCUUACUUGGUGUCAGAUCUGAAUCCCUUCACUGAGUACACGUUCAGGGUCACUGCUUCCACCACUGUGGGAGAGGGCCCUGCUACAAACAUCUCAGAGAAGACCAGGGAGCAGGUCCCUAGCUCAGUGCUCGAUGUAUCCUACCAAAACAUCAGCUCCACGUCCAUACUGGUGAGCUGGGUCCCACCUCUUAAUCCCAACGGACGGAUCACACAUUACACCAUUUAUGGUCUCAACCUGAACAGCAAUCAGGCCCCGAAGUGGGUCACUAACACCACCAGCAUGUUAAUAACAGAUUUGGACAAGUACACUGCGUACAAGCUGCGUGUGACUGCGUCCACAGCUGUGGGAGAGAGCGCUCUUUCUGAGGAAGAUGACAUUUUUGUUUUCACCUUAGAGGAUGAGCCUGACUCCCCCCCUGGGAACCUCACUGUGGUGGACACCACCCCCUCCACUGCUACAUUGACCUGGUCUGCACCAGAGAGAGCUAACGGGGUGAUCCGGUAUUACGAGGUCUUCUACGAGAACGGAUCCUACUCUGCCUUGAUGAACACAUCCUCAAACAGAGUGACUCUGAACAACCUGAAGCCGUUCUCCUAUUACAACGUGUCCGUGAGGGCUUACACACGAUUCGGCAACGGAAACCAAACGUCAGACACCCUGUUCCUGCUCUCUGGAGAAGAUGUCCCGGGCAGUCCUCCCUAUGGCCUCGCCUUUGAGUCGGUCAGUCCCAGUGAAGUGAACGUGACCUGGCAGCCUCCCCUUCUGCCCAACGGCGUUAUUAUUCACUACAGCCUGGAGCUCUGGAACUCCAGUCACUACUUGAACCUCACCUCGCCGACCAACUACCUCCACAUCGCGCACCUGAGGAAGUACGCGCACUACCGCGUCAUGGUUCAAGCACACACGCGAGUCGGGCCGGGAAACUAUAGCAGCGAGCCACUCAACAUCACUACACUUGAGGAUGCUCCAGAUAUGCCUCCUCAGUCGCUCCUUGCCAGGAAGUUGUCAGACUAUGAGGUGGAGUUGUCAUGGCAACCACCACUUGAAGCCAAUUCAGAUAUACUCUACUACAUUGUCAGAGUUUGGAAUGAAACCACUGAGCUGUGGCAGAAUGUGACAGAGACAUCAGUGGUUAUUAAUGUGGACUCAGAGAGUCGCUACAAUGCCUCUGUCUCCAGCUGGACCAGACUCGGAGAUGGAGGAGUGUUGAUCUACAUCAGCUUUACUACCACUGAUGCAGAGCCAUUUGAUCCUCCACAGAAUGUGACUGUUGUAAAUGUGACCGCCUCCUCUGUCACCUUGAUGUGGCACCCACCCACUGAACCCAAUGGGAUUAUUGUACACUACACUAUUUACUACUCCACCAACAACACUGUUACUGAACAGAGGGUUCCUGUUUCAGCCUCACCUGCCCCCGUCUCUCCUGAUUCACCCGUCUUCUACACUCUGACUCGGCUCAACGGGGGCUUUAACUACACCUUUUGGAUGACUUCCAGCACUGUACAGGGUGAUGGAGGGGUCCAGUCCGAACCAUUAAGCCUUCUCCUACCAGAAGACGUGCCGAGCGACUCGGUCAAGAACUUGUCGGCUCAGAUCUUCAGUUCCACGGCCAUCAUUGUUAGCUGGGACCCUCCGCUGGAGCCAAACGGCCGUCCCUACUACCUGCUCACUUUACAGGAAGCCGGCAUCUCCCCAAACGUGUCCAACCAAGGGACUCCAGCUGUCAACAAGACCACCAAGCAUUCCACAACUGAUAAUAUCUUCCUAUUCACCAAACUCAAGAAGUAUUUCCCUUACGUGCUGACUGUAACUCCAGCAACUAGUGCUGGCCCCGCCUAUAACCAUACCAGCACAAUGUACCUCAGAACAGACGACGACAUUCCUAGUUCCGCUCCGUCGCUGGUGUCCACCCGUAACCUGUCUUCGUCCUCCAUCGCUGUGGUUUGGCAACGCCCUCUAGAGGCUAAUGGAGAGAUAACCGAGUAUACCCUCACCCUAUUUGGCCCGGGCGCCUCCAACACAACACACACCCCCAACACCUCGUUCAUCCUCACCAAUCUACUUCCAUACACGGCCUACAAUCUCACUAUCAUGGCUGCAACGCGUAAAGGCUCAGGGCCUUACCUGCUGCUGCAGCUACACACAGAUGAAGACGCGUGUCGUAAUUCCUCUGGUUCAGCGACCACAGAGUAUCUAUCAGGCUUCAGGCCCCACAGCUCCUAUGAGAUCAGUGUGUACAGUUACACCAGAGUGGGCCACGGCAAUCAGUUCAGCAGCCCUGUGACCUUCACAACCAAUGAGUCAGUGGCUGACGCUGUAGGGAACCUUUCCUGCUCAGGACUGAGCUGGGAUUCAAUACAGCUAUCCUGGGAGCUUCCAGACAACCCUAAUGGACAGAUCCUUUUUUAUGAGAUUGUAGUGGCGGCAGACCUGCAGUCCUUCACACACCAGGCCCACACGCCAGAGUAUACAGUAACUGGGCUUUUACCUGACCAGGAGUAUGCGCUCACUGUAGCUGCAGUCAAUUCUGCAGGACCUGGAGACGCAGUGAACUGUACAGCCUCCACACAGUCUGAAUCAGUCCCAGCAGCUCCUCGCUUCCUCGCCGUCUCUCAGUUCACGCCUAACAACGUGACACUUCAGUGGGCUCCGCCGCUCUCCAUCCCCGGCCUGUUGAAAGAGUACUACAUCGUCGCACAGCUGCUUUCGACUGUUUGUGAACCGCAUGUACCAAUUACUGCUCAUCAGAGCCCAGAGGACGAUCUGGGGUCUGGCUGCGUGGACAACAAUGUCACCGUGUCAUUAAAUGCUUCAAAUAGCGCCGAAGAAAACAGCGUCACACUCCAGUCCCUCGCUAAAUACAGAGUCUACCGCUUCAAAGUGGCUGCUGUGACCAACGCUGGAGUAGGGGAAUAUACACACUGGAAUUAUGCACGCACCCUGGCUGGAAACCCAGAUGCUCCUCCUCGUGACCUAAAAGUGACGUCCACCUCCAACAGCCUUCGCAUUGCGUGGGAUGCUCCAGCUGUUCUCUCUGGGCCGACCUCAUAUCUUGUGCAGGUGGACGGCCCCGGUGUGAACAUCUCAAUAGUCCGGGCUCCAGGAGAGCUGAUGACUGUUGUUGUGACUAACCUGACAGCCUUCACUCAUUACUUUGUGACUAUCACUGCCUUCACUGGUCCGCUGGAGCACGCCGGCAGCGAUGGGAAAGCCAUCGGGCCUCUUGACUUUCAAACACUGGAGGAGGAGCCUAAAGACCCUCCCAAGAAUGUGAACAUCUCAGUUAUCCCAGAGGAAGUGAACCGUGUGAGAGUGACCUUCAACCCACCAGAGGAGCCCAACGGAAACAUCACGGCGUACUUUGUGUAUGUCUACAGCCAGAAUCAGCUAGUUAAGAACGUCAGCCUCGAUGUCAUCCAGAAUGAGCAAAACACACUGGCUGCUGUCAUAGAAGGCCUAAAGGGGGGACAGACCUACAGUAUACAGAUUUCAGCAAAGAACGGGGCUGGCAGGAGCCCACCCAGCCCACAUGUCCAAGUAACCACGGGGAUCAAAGCCCCGUCCAAGCCAACCAAAAGACCCGAGGCAAUGCUGGGCCAUGGAGGGGUUGCCAUGGUAACCCACAGGAGUAUCACCAUCCUUAUGCCUGCCUGUUUCUAUAGUGACGACAACGGACCAAUCACGAAAAUUCAGGUCAUCGUGGCCGAAUCAGGAGUGAAAGACAGCGAGAACCUGACCAACUGGAAGAGCGCGUACCUUCAUCGUCCUGCCCCUUAUCUGACUGACGCGGGGUUCCCCAACCCGCCAUGUCUGAUGGAAGACGGGGCAUCACGUAUGAAUGCACAUGUCAGUAGCGGUCGCAGUGUGUCUGGAGACGGCAGACAUCUGGUGAGGCAGAACCACACUGCGGCGGGGACCUAUGUGAUUGGAGACAAAGACGACUGUAUGGUGGAGAACAACACUUACCAUUUCUGCAAUGGACCUCUGAAACCUAACUCUGUCUAUGUGUUUAAAUUCAGAGCAACAAACAUCAAUGGCCAAUACACAGAUUCAGAAUACUCAGACCAUGUCAAGACUGCAGCAGAUGGGCUGUUGACUAGAGAAGAGAAGAUCAUUCUGGGUUUUCUGCUGUCCUUCUUUUUGGCCGUGUUACUCGUAAUCAUCAUCUGUGGCUCAGUCAAGAUCCAUCAACAUAAAAAGGAGGGCGUGACGUAUUCGCCCAGAGAGGCAGAGAUUAUUGAGACAAAGAGUAAGCUGGAUCAGCUGAUUGCUGUUGCAGAUCUGGAGCUGAAGCAAGAAAAACUCAACCGGUACUCUUCCUUUUUCUUUAGACGGAAAGAGAUUUAUGUCAUCCAGCUGCUCAGCUACAGGAAAUCACUAAAGCCUGUCAACAAGAAGUCUUUUCUGCAGCACGUAGAGGAUCUGUGUGCCAACGACAACGCCAAGUUCCAGGAGGAGUUUGCUGAGCUCCCAAAGCUGCUGCAGGACCUGGCCACCUCAGACGCUGACCUGCCCUGUAACCAGUCCAGGAACCGCUUCCCCAAUAUCAAACCUUACAACAACAACCGAGUGAAACUCCGCUCACACAGUGGACCAGUAGGCUCAGACUACAUCAACGCCAGCUUUGUCUCAGGCUACUUGUGUCCCAAUGAGUUCAUAGCCACCCAGGGUCCUCUGUCCAGCACUGUGGCUGACUUCUGGAGGAUGAUCUGGGAAACGGGAACGCGCACCAUCGCCAUGCUUACACAGUGCUAUGAGAAAGGCAGAAUCCGGUGUCACCAGUACUGGCCCGAGGACAACAAGCCAAUGUCAGUGUUUGACAUCGACAUUCUCAUCUCAAAGGUGUCAGAGGAGGUCUAUCCUGACUGGACUGUCAGGACCCUGAAAGUAGAAAAGCAUGGGCACUACAUUUUGGUACGCCACUUCAACUACACGUCGUGGCCUGAGCGCGGGGUUCCAGAGUCGUGCAGCACACUUAUUAAUUUUGUCAAAGCCGUGCGAGCUCACAGGCACGACAACACCACCAUAGUGGUCCACUGCAGCGCCGGUGUGGGAAGAACGGGCGUGUUCAUUGCUCUCGAUCACCUCAUUCAGCACGUCCGAGAUCACGACUUUGUGGAUAUAUACGGGCUGGUCGCUGAACUGCGCAGCGAGAGGAUGUGCAUGGUACAGAAUCUGGCGCAGUACAUCUUCCUGCACCAAAGUACACUGGAACUUCUAAACAACAAAGGCAACAGCCAAUCCAUCUGGUUUGUGAGCUACUCUGCUCUGGAGAAGAUGGACUCCCUGGACACCAUGGAAGGUGAUGUUGAACUGGAGUGGGAGGAGACCACGAUGUAAAAGAACGACUGACCAGUUGCCGCCUCUGCCCGCGCGUGGUUUUCAGGGUAACUGGCAAAAAGCCAUGUGCACAGACCCUGUGCACGGGGCCGCUGCCUCCACCAAGCAACGUUAGCGGAUUAUGGAGGAGGAACAGGAGUUGACCAUCGCUGUGACAUCUCUGUUGACUAAGAUUUUGCCGCUGCACUUCAGACCCUCUUCUGAGCACAGUCCUCUCUUGAAGGCACCUCUUGUCCACUUCUUGUUUCCAAAGUGAGAGCAAAACAGAAAGAGGCCACUGGAGGACUUUCAAACAGUACAGGGUUAAAAGAGAAAGUGUGAGCUGAUUGUGGCGGCUCUGUCACAUCUUUUUGUAGGCCUACAGGUACUUUGCACAAAUUGAUUCCACUAUUGUUAUUGCUUUAUUAUGUCAAUAUUGUCUAUGCUUUUGUAUGAUUUAUUCAGCCAAAAAUGGUAAAGUUGUUUUUUUUUUCAGCCUCUUUGUAACUUUGUCUGUGUCGAAACAUUGUUUAUCCUUUCUUGAAAGAGUGAUUUGCAAAAAUAAAAAUAACUUGCAUUUUU